AUGCACAAACCGUGGUCCAUAAUCGCAGCCAGCGCCCUCGCAGCCCGGGCGGCGGCACCACCAGGAGACGAAUAUUGCGGGAGCAAAACACCAGCCUUCUUCCUAGCAGGCGACUCGACGACAGCCUACGACGGCGGCUGGGGCGACGGGUUCCUAGCCCCGCUGAUCAGCCCAGCCUGGGGCGUCAAUAUCGGACAGAGCGGCGCUACGACCGUGUCGUACAUACGCGGUGGGAACUGGUCGGAUAUCACGACGCAUCUGCGGGAUAAUGCGGAUGAGUAUGAGUGUUAUGUUACGAUCAGUUUCGGACAUAAUGAUCAGAAGGCUGAGAAUAACGUCACGUUUGAGACGUAUCAGACGAACCUCAUCAACUUCGCCAACGAGGUCAAGGCGCUUGGCGGUACACCCCUCCUAACCUCCUCCCUAACCCGGCGCGCGAUCCCCGCCGGCGCUGACCAAGACAACAACGCGACGGACUCACUACACGACCAGCGCCUAGCCGCCAUAGCAGCGGCCGCGGCCACAAAUUCCACGGUUAUCGACCUCAACGCGGCCAGCCUGGCCUAUGUGGACGCCAUCGGCAAGACCGCCGCGUGGGCGUACAACUGGAACGGCACCGACACGACGCAUUUGAAUCCCCGGGGCACCGUCGUGUUCGGGCGCAUGGUGGCCGAUCUGGUGGUAAGGGCGGAGCCUUGUUUGGGGAGAUGGUUUACGCCGAAUGAGACGUUGAGUUAUGCGAUUUGGAAUGGUUUGGCUGCCUGA